AUGCGUUUGGUUAUUGAAGAAGCAUUGAACAAGCUACCUUAUACAGAGGUCACAAUCACUACACCUACCCAUUGUCAAUACAAAGGGAUACGGUUUAUGCGCGGAAAUUGUGGAGUGAGCUUAUGUCGAAGUGGUGAAGCUAUGGAAUUUGCGCUGAGACAGUGUUGUCGGUCGAUUAGGAUCUGCAAAAUGUUAAUAGGCAAGUGGAGAUUCAAUGUUAUAGAGAAUGUUACGUUUACAAUUUUAUUUCUUUUAAACCCACUAAUCAUUGACCAUUGCGAGCGAUAUAGCGGCAUUUCCAUUUGUUUUUUCUCGCUCACCGGUAAUGCUCAUUGGGUCACCUCAAUUGAGUAA